AUUCUAUUCAUCACAUGUAAUAUUAAACAAUAAAAUUAUUGAAUAAAUUAUCAGUAAUUACGAUUCUUAUAAAUAAGUAAAAAUUAAUAUUAAAAAUAAUCGCAAUUCUAACUAUAAUGUCGCUCAACAUAGAUAAGUAAAAAAAAAAAAACAAAUUAUUACUUUAAAUUGGAGUCCAGAGAUUAAAAUUUAUGUAAUAAACAACAACAUGAAUUUUUAAUGAAGCGACUUAUUGAAGAUUGUAAUUUUAUUUUUAUGUGUAUAACCAAUAAAACUCAACUUCACUCAAAACACUUUCAUCUGGGGAAAAUUAAUUUAUAACAAAUCACGUGUUUAAAAUAAUCAGUGGAUUUCAAUAAUCAAGUCAUUUUAUUUAAAAAAUAUAUGUGAAUCUGUAUCAAUGAUUGGCUGUCGAAAGAUUUUAUAAGAUAAACAUAAACAAAAAAUGUUUUAAUGAAAAAAAAAAGUAAUAAUGUCAAGAAUACAAUUGGUCGGUAUAACACGAAAAGCAUUUAUAUUAAGUAAAAAUAUAAUAAUUAAAAAUAAUAUACGAUUGAAUAGCACAUCACCGAAAUUUAAUGCCUUGGAGUGUCUAAAUAAUCGAGGGUUACUCCAAGUAACAGGUAAAGAAGCAUCAUAUUUUUUACAAGGAUUGAUUACAAAUGAUAUGAAACAUUUUGCUGAUGGUGCUACGAAUAUUUACGGAUUAUUUUUGAAUACCAAAGGUAGAGUACUGUACGAUACUUUAAUCUACAAGGGGAUUGAUGAUGACACUUAUUUAAUCGAAUGCGAUUCCGACGUACUUGACGCACUGAAAAAACAUCUUAUCAUGUUUAGAGUACGUCGUAAAAUAGAUAUACAGUCAAUAAUUGAUAAAAUGAAAGUUUGGGUCCUAUUUGAUGGUAAUUUAAAUUUACGUGAUAUUGAAUCUGAGACACAAAAUAGUAACGUUACGUUAGAAGGCGAAAUAUCGCCUUUCGGAUCAUUGAAUUGUAAGACAAGUAAAUCAAUUGAUGAUAUUAUUAUGUUCAAGGAUCCAAGAAUAUCUGCAUUAGGUUAUAGAAUUUUAAGCAAUGUAAAUAUUACUCAAGAAAAAAUAUGUCAACACUUAAUACCCGGUAUUUCGAUAGACGAAAAUUCACCGAGUUAUCGAGAAAUUAGGUAUAGAUUAGGCAUAGCUGAAGGUAGUAUGGAUUUACCACCGGGUAAAGCAUUUCCUCUAGAAGCUAAUGGUGAUUAUUUACAUGGAAUCAGCUUUCAUAAAGGUUGUUAUAUCGGUCAGGAAUUAACAGCUCGCACUCAUCAUACAGGUGUUGUGAGAAAACGGUUGAUGCCUUUAAUAUUCGAUGAAAGUAUUGACGAAAAUUUGGAAUACGAUGAAAAUAUUAUUGAUAAUAAUGGAAAAUCCGUAGGUAAAUUUCGGGGUGCUGUAAGUAAGUAUGGUAUGGGAUUGAUGCGAAUUACUGAAUCAAGAAAUGCGAGUAGUCUGAGUAUUUUAAAUAAAUCGUUAAAAAUUUACAAACCGUACUGGUGGCCAAUGGAAAGUAAUCAAAAAGAUAAAAUAAAGGUUGAUGAAGAAAAAUAAUAAGACUUUAAUUGUAAAAUAAUUGUGAUUUAAUAAUUAAUUUUUAGAUCAUAAUAAACGAACAAUCAAUACUUCUAUGUAUAAAUGUUUAAUUAUAAUAAAAAAUGAAAGAUAAAAAAUAA